AUGAGGAAAAUUUCUUCAUCGCCUGUUGCUCUAUUCAUUCUGGUCCUCAUCUCACCUCUCUCUUCUGUCACGGCACUGCUUCAGCUGCCUAUUAGCCCAUCGAAUCAGGCAGAGAAAUUGAUCCGAGAGCUCAAUUUGUUCCCUAAGGAAACAAUCAAUAUCGUAGACGAUCGCAGUUUCUCCAAUGGACCCAAAAUUGUGGAGAAGGCGUUCAAGUUUCCCCACUUGAUUGAUGCUGACGGAGUAUCGCUCCAAGACCUAGGCCAUCAUGCUGGAUACUAUCAGAUUCAACACUCUCAUGCCGCUAAAAUGUUUUAUUUUUUCUUCGAAUCACGUAACAGCAAGGAUGACCCUGUAGUUGUUUGGUUGACUGGAGGGCCAGGAUGUAGCAGUGAGAUGGCUCUUUUCUAUGAAAAUGGGCCUUUUAGUAUUGCCAAUAAUUUGUCUCUUGUGUGGAAAGAGUAUGGGUGGGACAAGGUUUCAAAUAUUUUGUUUGUUGACCAGCCUAUUGGGACUGGCUUUAGCUAUAGCACCAACAGACAUGACAUUCGCCACAAUGAAAAAGAUAUUAGCAAUGAUUUAUAUGACUUUCUACAGGCAUUUUUUAAGGAGCAUACGGAGCUUGCGAAAAAUGAUUUUUACAUAACCGGAGAGUCAUAUGCUGGACACUACAUUCCUGCUUUUGCUGCUCGAGUUCACCAAGGGAACAAAGCAAAAGAAGGAAUACACGUAAAUUUGAAGGGAUUUGCUAUUGGAAAUGGGCUUACUGAUCCAGGAAUUCAGUAUGCUGCUUAUGCUGAUUAUGCACUGGAUGUGGGAAUAAUUACACAGUCUGCUCAUGAUCGUAUCAAUAAGAUCCUUCCUUUGUGUAAAUCAGCAAUAAAGCUUUGUGGCACUGAUGGGACAAUCUCUUGCAUGGCUGCCUAUCUUGUUUGCAAUACCAUAUUCAAUUCUAUCCUAGCACGUGUUGGUGAUAUGAAUUAUUAUGACAUUAGAAAGAAGUGUGAAGGCAGCCUCUGCUACGACUUCUCAAAAUUGGAGAAGUUUCUCAACCAGAAGUCUGUCAGGGAUGUGCUUGGAGUUGGGGAUAUAGAUUUUGUCUCGUGUAGUCCUACUGUGUACGAUGCCUUGCUUAUGGACUGGAUGAGAAAUCUUGAAGUCGGCAUUCCUACUCUUCUCGAGGAUGGAGUAAAGUUGCUUGUGUAUGCUGGAGAAUACGAUCUUAUAUGUAAUUGGCUUGGUAACUCAAGAUGGGUUCAUGCUAUGGAAUGGAGUGGUCAGAAAGAAUUUGUAGCAUCUUCUGAAGUUACUUUUGAAGUUGAUGGUUCCGAAGCAGGAUUAUUGAAAAGCCACGGGCCUCUUAGUUUCUUGAAGGUCCACGAUGCUGGACACAUGGUUCCCAUGGAUCAGCCCAAAGCUGCCCUUGAGAUGCUGAAGAGAUGGAUGCAGGGCUCACUUUCUGAAUCCACAUCCUCUGUCAAUUCCGAAAACCUAGUUUCUUCCAUUAGCGACGAAAUCUGUGUCGAGGCUCCAUUUGCGGGUCAUGGCCGUUGCAGCUCAGAUCGGUGGAUGAAGGGAGAUGCGGCGCUGAUUUUCUACAGGUGA